UUUUCUAAAAGACUGGAAGGACUUUUCGAAGCAUAGAUAGAAGCCGUGAAAGGAAAGCAACUAACUCCUGCCUCGCCGUCUGCCACUGCACGAGGACAUAGCUUUUCACUGCAGUCUGUGUGCAGUCCACUUUCGAGGUGCCACUUGUACGCGGAAGCGCAAGCAAGCUGAAAAUGAGCAGUACUUCUCAGCCAGACAGAUCGCGUUUGGCUAUGGAACUUGCAGCAAAUCCUUUGGACAGCAUGUCGGGUCCUGAUCCUCUCACCCCCGUCGACGCAACGGUCGACGUACACUCUCGUCAGUUUCGUGCUACUCGAGCCAAUAAUAUCUUGGAACAUAGGUCCCUGCUGGAUAUUUACAGCGAUCCCGACGUUCCUCGUCUCACGAGCAUAAUAUGUACCAUCGGCCCCGCAUCUCGGGAAGUCAGCACUCUAAAGAAGCUGAUGGAGGCUGGCAUGAACAUUGCCCGAAUGAACUUCUCCCACGGUGACCAUGAUUAUCACAGCAGUACAAUUGCCAAUGUCCGCACAGCUGCGGCUGAGCUGGACAAGGUUGUGGCCGUUGCUCUGGACACAAAGGGCCCGGAAAUCCGCACUGGACUGCUGGAAGGAGGCGGCUCGGCUGAAAUUCAACUCGUGGCUGGUGCCAAGUUGAUUCUAUCCACUGAUUCUACGUAUGCUGAGAAGGGCUGCUUGGAACGUAUCUUCGUAGACUACAAGAACAUCACUGAGGUCAUGAAUGUUGGCCAACAGGUCUUCAUCGAUGAUGGUCUGAUUUCUCUUAGUGUUCUAGAGAAGGGAGCUGACUUCUUGGUGACUGAAAUUCUGAAUGGCGGCAUGCUUGGAAGUCGUAAAGGCGUCAACCUUCCCAAUGUUGAGGUGGAUUUGCCUGCUCUCUCUGCCCGCGACAAGCGUGAUCUUCAAUUUGGUGUUGCUCAAGGUGUUGAUAUGGUCUUUGCUUCCUUCAUUCGCAAGAGAGAUGACUUGAAAGCUAUUCGCGCAGAGCUUGGAGAAGCUGGCAAGAAUAUUCAGAUUAUCUCAAAGAUCGAGAAUCAUGAAGGUGUAAAGAAGUUUGACGAAAUCCUGAAGGCGAGCGACGGAAUCAUGGUGGCCCGUGGAGAUUUGGGUAUCGAGAUUCCCACCGAGAAGGUCUUCCUGGCCCAGAAGAUGAUGAUUGCACGGUGUAACACGGCUGGAAAGCCCGUCAUCUGCGCCACCCAAAUGUUGGAGAGCAUGGUGUCGAAGCCUCGGCCCACGCGUGCAGAGACCAGCGACGUCGCCAAUGCUGUUUUAGAUGGUGCCGAUUGUGUAAUGUUGAGCGGAGAGACCGCUAAGGGAAAAUACCCAGUGGAGGCUGUUGACGUUAUGCAUCGCAUUUGCCGUGAAGCAGAGGCGGCCAUUUUCCACCGUCAGCUGUUCGAAUCGCUGCGCUAUGCGUCUUUCGAGAUUCUGCCGACAGUCACCACCAUGGCUGUCGCUGCCGUUGAUGCAGCGUUCGCACACAACGCUGGUGCUAUCAUUGUUCUGACCACCACCGGCACAUCUGCCCGCGUUGUGGCAAAGUACCGUCCUAACUGCCCGGUUUUGUCUGUUACUCGUGAUGCCAUGACCGCACGCCAACUUCAUUUGAACCGUGGCUGCUUCACCCUGCUCUACAAAGAGGAUAUCGUAGAGCCAUGGGAGGCUGACAUGCGCAACCGUAUCUCGUGGGCUAUGGAGCGCGGCAAGGAGAUUGGCUUUCUGCGUCCAGGAAUGUCUGUUGUUCUCCUAACCGGCUGGAAGGCCGGGCUCGGCCAUACCAACACCAUGCGCAUUCUCAGUGUCGCAUAAGCGCAUGAAUGCACUGAACGGCUGAACAGGUGAGCGCAGCGCUGGCUGGACUGUGUGAGGCGGCGGCGCCAUCAGCAGCAGCAUCCCUUGUACCCGGUUUUGGCUUGCCGUGCCAUGUCGCCUCCGAUGUGGAGUGGCGGUGUGGCGGCGUGUAGCUGUCAGAUACCCACCACUGGUAUACAUGUUGAUGUGGACAUAGCCAGGGAGACUGCGUUCAAAACAAACUUGUCACUAGUACCCUGGCUGCUGCUGCUGCUGCUGCAUGGGGGUCUGUUGUCGGAACAGUGUCGUUCUUGUCCUCAGUCUUGUUCUUGUCAAUGUCACUAUAGCCACACCGACACACAUUAUGCACGUCUGAUGUAUCGAUUACUGUGAGUAGUCCCUGGUGCACAUAGUACGUGUUUUCUAUUCUCUUCCGUUCUCGGUUACUAGUACUAGACUACUAGUACACUGUUGCUGCUUGGUUCCCAUACACAUCACUGGUUUCUGAGCGCAUAUAUAUAUUCCUUGUUUCCGGCCGUACGACAUGAGAUGACGGUGUCAGCUCCUAUUUGCAUAGCCACAUCAUCCUGACUGUACUUUACUGGUCGUGUCAUGAUUAUUGCAUUUCACAUCGA